GUUGAUCAGUAGGUAGCCAUGAAAACCAGACUUUUUGGGUCAGUGCUACCGGAAAAGAAGUGGGUUUGAAUAGCGGGGAAUUCUCCGAAAUCACUGAGAAUGGCGUGCCGUGUGCUCUCAGCCUGGCGCUAACGGUAUCCCUUUUCCGUACGAAAAUGGUGGUUAUAUGCUUGUACCAUUGCUCCUGCAUUCAAGUUCCAUAUCACAACCCCAUAGCACCGAAUUAGGUCACGGCUGUUCGGCCUGUUUGGUUUCUACUUAUAUCUACUUCGAAUUUUCAAGGUUCCGGCGAUGGAAGCUCCGAUGAAGUUAUUCUGCGGUCAUUCCAUUCUCAGUCGCCAAGUCUUCGCCAGAACCGGACACCGACUACCCUCGCUCGUAGUCUCUUCCGUCACUCGUAGAGAGAUAAGACCCCGGUUCUCUCUUUCACACGCUCACUCUUCAUUUUCGGCCGUCCCUGCCAAUCCGAAUCCCUUCUCGUUUCUUUCCUUCUCCCAGCCCUUUACCUCACCAAUUCCGACAGAUAGUUUUAGCCAAUCCCUGUCCCGUUCAAAUGGCGAAAUUUCCAUCUGGAGCCGUUCUCCGGGGAAUUCUAUUGUGAAUGGGAGUAAUGCGGGGGUUUUGGGUGAUAAAGAGCGCGUCGUGACGGUGGUGUUGUUGGGUUGGCUCGGGGCCAAGACCAAGCACCUGAAGAGAUACGUUGAGUGGUACAACUCCAGGGGCCUUCACGCGGUGACUUUCGUGGUUGAAGUGAGAGAGCUGCUGUGCUUUGAUUUGGGCCAAAGGCUCGAGCAGCGUAUGUCGGCGUUAGCAGACGAGCUCGUUUCGUGGGUAUCGGAGAGGGAGGAGGACGGUAGAGAACGGUGCUUGGUUUUUCACACUUUUAGCAACACGGGUUGGCUUAGCUAUGGCGCCAUUCUUAAUGCUUUCCAGGGUAGAAAGGACUUGAUGGAUAAGAUCAAAGGCUGCAUUGUUGAUUCGGGAGGAGGAGACCAGUUUAAUCCUCAGGUGUGGGCAGCAGGAUUCGCGACCGCUAUACUGAAGAAACGCAGCUCUGCAGCAUACCCUGUAGUUGACAGUGGAGAAUUGAAUGAAUUCAACAGCGAAAUGAACAUGCCAAAGAUGCAAGAAAAUAAACCUCCACUAAUUGAAACAGUACUUCUAUCUGCGUUAGAGAAGUUUUUCUCGGUGGUUCUAAAACUGCCUGACGUGGAACUGAGGUUAAAAAGGAUUGUUUCCAACAUCUCAAAAACCCAGUCUUAUUUCCCUCAGCUUUACCUCUAUAGUACAGCCGACAAAGUGGUUCCAUUUCAGUCUGUAGAGUUCUUUAUUGAGGAACAGAGAAGGAUGGGGAGAAAAGUAAGGUCUUUCAACUUUGGAUCUUCCCCGCAUGUUGACCAUUAUAGGAGUUUCCCCAACAUAUAUUCAUCAGAGCUUCAUGAUUUCCUCCUGAACGAGUGUUUUGCUAAAGUUGAGCAGUUGUAAGUCCUGCAACUGCAGAUUAUCCCCCCAUACAAUUGUCAUGUUUCUUCAUACCCAUACAAAAAAACAAUUGUCAUGCUACCUCUUCAUGUAUUGUUUGCAACAUUAGUUUGCUUAAACGAGCUGAACUUACAAGGAAUAGAUAAAAUUUGACAAGCAAAA